AUGUCGACGCUCAAAGCUGUGUUCUUUGAUUUAGACGACACGUUAGUUCCAACGUCCGUGUACGACGUGAGAGCAUACGCGGACGUGAAAACCAGCGUACUCGCUUGGGUUGGAGAAGAAAAAUUCCAGUCGUUAGACGUGGAUAAAUUAGUCGCGGACUUUAAAGAGAAAUUCGUCAAAGCACCGUGGGAUCCAGAGUAUAAAACCGACGUGUUCACGUGGCGUUCGAGAGUCUGGGAGCACGCGUUAAAGUUGCAAAACGUGGAAAACGCGGAAGAAGUUGGAGUGAAGUGUCAAAAAUGUUUCGACGACAACCGCAUGGGCACUUUUCCUUUGCACGACUGCGUGAAAGAACUGAGCGAGUACAUCAACUCGAAAGGCUUAGAGAUGUGCAUAAUCACAAAUGGGCAUCAUCGGGUGCAGAGAGAUAAAUUAGAAGCGUGCAGCGCGUACACGUUAUUUGAGAACAUAAUCGUAGGUGGUGAAGAAGUGUUAGCAGGACGUAAAGAGAAACCAGACCGUGGUAUUUUUAUGAAAGCGUGCAAAUACGUGGGAUGUUUGCCGAGCGAAGCCAUCCACGUCGGGGACUCUCUGGGUGCUGAUAUUCAAGGAGGCAUCAACGCAGAGUUAUUAGCGACGGUUUUUAUUAACGUCAAAUCGCGCGAUGCGAGCACUUUUCAGCCGAUGCCUACGUAUACGAUCAAACACAUAGCCGAACUGAAAGAGAUCAUCGAUAAAUUAUUAGUAGAAUAA